CCAUUUGUACAUUAACUAACACCAUCCUCUUCCUCUGUCCCACAACCACAACACUCCACUCCUUCACAUACCCAGAAGUGAGGGAAGGCUGACUGAGUGAAUGACUAAAUGAGUGGUCAGGAGAAGAAAUAGAUUCUGAAAAGGGUCCAAUUUGAUUCAACUCAAUAUGCUGGGCAAGACCCAGUUGCUGUCUUUGUUCUUCUGUUGCAUUCUCUGCUCAUCUUUCGAUUCGGCCGCUCCGUCGAGCAGCAGUGGUGGUGAUGGUGAAGUGUCAGCUCUGCUGCCACUGAGAGAUGCUCUUACCGAUCCUCUAAACCGCCUCCGUGACUGGAAGCUGCCGCAGAAUGCCAAUGCUACAUUCACCGGCCACUGCAACUGGCCAGGGGUCCAAUGCAACUCGGACCACGUUGUGGAGAGGCUUGACCUCUCACACUGGAACCUCAGCGGCACCAUACCCGACGAUAUCAUCCAGCUAAAGGGUCUUUCCUCUCUCAAUAUAUGCUGCAAUGCGUUCUCUAAGUUCCCAGGAUCAUUGACGAAUCUCACUUCGCUCAGCAGCCUCGACGUGAGCCAGAAUCUGUUCAUGGACCGGUUCCCCAUUGGGUUUGGGAGAUUGUUCCGCCUGACGUACUUGAAUGCCUCGAGUAAUAACUUCUCAGGGUUCAUUCCCAAGGAUCUCAGCAACUUGACAUCUUUGGAGAGCUUGGAUCUCCGGGGGAAUUUCCUCCAGGGGUCAAUCCCGGGAUCCUUCAAGAACUUGCAGAUGCUCAAGUUUAUGGGACUUUCCGGGAACAACCUCACUGGGCAGAUACCACCAGAGCUCGGGCAGCUUUCUUCACUCGAGAGCAUAAUUCUCGGCUACAACGAGUUCGAUGGUGGAAUUCCCAAAGAGUUCGGGAAUCUCACUAAUCUGACGUAUCUUGAUCUGGCUGUUGGUAAUCUUGGGGGUGAAAUUCCAGCUGAGAUAGGGAGGCUUCAAAUGCUGGAGACAAUAUUCUUAUAUAACAAUAACUUCGAGGGAGAUAUACCUUCGUCCAUUGGAAACAUCUCCUCUUUGAAAUUGCUUGAUCUCUCCUUUAACCAGUUAUCAGGUGCAAUCCCCAUGGGAAUCGCCGAGCUGAAGAACUUGGAGCUGUUAAAUUUGAUGUGCAAUCAGCUCUCCGGCUCGAUUCCUUCUGGACUAGGAGAGCUGGCUCAACUACAGGUGCUUGAGCUGUGGAACAAUUCCUUCUCCGGCCCACUUCCAGGCAAUCUUGGGAGAAGCUCGCCAUUGCAGUGGCUCGAUGUUUCAUCCAACUCAUUUUCUGGCGAGGUUCCGGCAAGCUUGUGCAGCAGAGGAAACCUCACGAAGCUCAUUCUUUUCAAUAAUGUAUUCACUGGUCCCCUACCUGCGAGCCUAUCAAGGUGUUCUUCAUUGGUUCGGGUACGAAUACAAAACAAUCUUCUAUCAGGCACAAUUCCCUCGGGAUUCGGCAGGCUUGGGAAGCUGCAAAGACUUGAACUGGCGAAUAACAGCCUCACAGGUGAUAUCCCGAAUGAUAUUGCAUCCUCAACCUCACUCUCUUUCAUUGACUUCUCCCGGAACCUCCUCCGGUCCUCUCUACCUUCCACAAUUCUCUCAAUUCCUAACCUUCAGACAUUCUCUGCUUCGAACAAUAAUUUAUUUGGAGAAAUCCCAGAUCAGUUCCAGGACUGCCCUUCUCUUGCUGUGCUCGACCUCUCCUGGAACCACAUAUCGGGAAGCAUCCCAGCGAGCAUUGCUUCAUGCGAGAAGUUGGUGAACUUGAAUCUCAGGAGCAACAAUCUAACGGGUGAGAUCCCAACGGCAAUCGCUAUGAUGCCCACCCUGGCUAUCCUGGAUCUAUCAAAUAAUUCAUUGACUGGCGGAAUACCCGAGAAUUUCGGAACAUCCCCGGCCUUGGAAGUUCUUAAUGUCUCAUAUAACCGGCUUGAAGGUCCAGUCCCCUUCAACGGGGUGUUAAGGACUAUAAAUCCCAAUGAUCUUGUGGGAAAUGUGGGUCUCUGUGGUGGUGUCCUCCCUCCUUGCCCCGGAAGUUCUGCGCUGACUUCUAAACAGAACAGCCUGCAUUCCAAGCAUGUGCUUGCAGGAUGGAUCAUCGGGAUUUCCUCAGCUCUUGCCAUUGGUGUUGCCCUUUUCAGUGCUCGAGCGAUAUAUCAAAGGUGGUACUCAAAGGGGAACUGCUUUGAGGAGAGGCUUGAGAUGGACAAGGAAGAGUGGCCUUGGAGACUCAUGGCAUUCCAGAGGUUGGGAUUCACAACCGCUGAUAUCCUCUCCAGCAUCAGGGAACCAAACGUGAUCGGAAUGGGUGCAACAGGAAUGGUAUAUAAGACUGAGAUUCCCAGGUUGGGCACAGUCCUGGCGGUGAAGAAACUAUGGAGGUCAGGAAAUGAUAUCGAGGAGGUCGGGCACAGUGACUACCUAGUGGGAGAGGUCAAGCUGUUGGGAAGGCUGAGGCACCGGAACAUUGUGCGCUUGCUCGGGUUCCUACACAACAAUAAGGACAUGAUGAUCGUGUACGAGUUCAUGCACAAUGGUAGCCUCGGAGAGGCCCUGCAUGGGAAACAGGCAGGGAAAUUGCUCGUGGACUGGGUUUCCAGGUACAACGUAGCAGUGGGAGUCGCGCAGGGGCUAGCCUAUCUCCACCACGACUGUCACCCUCCAGUCAUUCACCGGGAUGUGAAAUCGAGCAACAUUUUGCUUGAUGCUAAUCUGGAUGCAAGAAUUGCUGAUUUCGGGUUGGCAAAGAUGAUGCUCCGAAAGAAUGAGACUGUUUCAAUGGUUGCUGGGUCGUACGGAUACAUAGCACCAGAAUACGGGUAUACACUGAAGGUCGAUGAGAAGAUCGACAUAUACAGCUUUGGAAUAGUACUGUUGGAGCUCGUGACGGGAAGGCGGCCUUUAGACUCAGAGUUCGGUGAAUCUGUCGACAUCAUGGAGUGGAUCCGGAGAAAGAUCAGAGACAACAGAGCCUUAGAGGAGACCCUGGACCCAAAUAUAGGGAACUGCCAGCAUGUUCAAGUGGAGAUGCUUUUAGUCCUUAGAAUUGCACUCCUUUGCACUGCCAAGCUGCCCCGAGAUCGACCGUCCAUGAGAGAUGUCAUAAUGAUGCUCGGAGAGGCAAAGCCUCGGCGAAAAAGCAGCAGCAACAGCAUCGGCUCGGGAAACGAUAUUAACAAUGAGAAGCCAAUUUUCAGCCCCUCCCCUGUAAAUGGCCUAGUGUAGCAGAAUGACCAGUGAGAAUUAUUUUAGAGUAUUCUUCUCUGUACUUAAUAUUGUCCGUAUCGGUGCUCCGUAAAUCAACUGGGUUCGAAUGUAUCUACGUGGGUACGUGAAUUUGGUCCUCUUUUGCAAGGAAGUUACAACAGUUUUUUAGCAA